UUAACUAGUUCCACAACACGGUGGAAUUUUGCUGGUAUCCGCGACGCAUAUGAGGUAGACAUUGUUUUUCUGGAGGACACUUUAUUAUUUAAUUUGAAUUACGGAUGUAACACAACGACACCAAUCUGGAGAGUAACGCCUAACGUCGAGGGGUCCCGGAAAUCCCUGUAUUUACAAACCCACUGAGCUUAGCUGGCGCUGCUGUAACCCACGGAGAGCUAAUGAACGGAGCAAAGGAAAUAUUAAAGACGUUUGAAAAGAUUAUCACGUCAAAUUAGGCAAGACUGGGGACCGGGUCAGACAUGUUUCCGACGACGACGGCGAGUGAUAACGGUCGUGACGGCCCUGGGAGUGACGCAAAACCGCCUCAUACCACCGCAACAGCGGAAUAUUGCAUAAAGUUGCAGCAGUGGAUGUGGCAGUAUUACUGGGGGUAUGCCAGCUGGCAGAGCUGGUUGGCACUGUCAGCCUUCCCGCCACCAUGCAGCUUCCCUCCGCCGGGGUCCAGCGUUCAGACACCGGGUACACCCGUCUCGACCUCCGGUGGAGGGCAGCAGGCUUUUGACACGGCAAACUGGUACAGCUACCCCUAUCCCCUCACUUUCCCAGCAUCCUCCCCUCAUCCGGGUGGUGCCCAGACCGAGCAGAGCUCAGCCGCCACCACGACCCCAGCUACCGAUGCCCGGCCUGCCCGGCAGCUGAAUGGGAAUCCACCUCAGGCAGGGCGGGAGUACACCAUCCCCUCUCCUCUGCAGAGGUUCCUGGCUGAGACCGUAGACUUCUUCAUUCUGUUCUGUGUGAAGGCUACCAUCGUGCUGUGGAUCAUGCAUCUGAGUGGCAUGAAGGACAUUGCCAAAUUUAUCACCCACUUCAUUGUGGAGGAGAUCGAUGAGAAUACAUCCAUGGAGGACCUACAGAAGAUGAUGGCUGUAGCUCUGGUCUACAGGGUGCUUGUGUGCGUCUAUGAGACGAUCUGUAUCUGGGGUGCUGGUGGUGCCACACCGGGAAAGUUCUUGCUUGGCCUGCGGGUGGUGACGUGUGACACAUCCACUCUGGUCCGACCCAACCGGGUCCUUGUAGUCCCAGCAUCCAAUGUUUCCCUCUCUGCCUCUACGGUUCGGGCUCUCAAUAAGAACUUCUCCAUCGCCUUCCUCUUUCCCGUCUUCAUCACCCUCCUCUUCUUCCAGCACAACAGGACUGUGUAUGACAUUGUGGCAGGGACCAUUGUUGUCCAGCGCAGAGGGGCCAGGUAGCCUCUCCUCCAGCAGAAGACUCUCGUAUACUUGGCAGGAUCAUGUGCGUCCUGAAGAUUCGAAUCAGUCACAGAUGAACUAACGCUGAAACAAGCAUUUACCAUCUCCUCAUUGGAUCAAACAAGGACUCAAACUGCACUUUAAAAAUUGGAUGCUUUCAGGAUUAUGUAUGGUACGUUUGAAUUAAAAGUUCACAUCUUUUGAUUUUAUUUUUUUUUUAACCACUGGAUUAAAUAAGCUGUCUGAAGACCUUC